GUUUCUGCCCGGGGAGAAAAGACAUGCGCACAGUCGGUCAACUCAAGUGCAGUCAACAAAUGUUCAGAAGCUAGCUGUGAACGUGUGUUAUGACAGCAUGUACGCGAAUAAGUUCGGUCGCCUCAUGUUCGGGCUGUACAGCCGGAACACCGCCGCUGUGUGUGGGGUGGUCCAGGCCCAGAGAGCGGGAGGACGGAGCGGGUUCAGCUGGACGGCGGUGUCUAGACAGUGGACACUGUGGCUGAGGAGGAGCACCUCUCUGGAGAGCCAGCACCACACCGUGCCCUGUCACAUGAGCGCCCGCUCGGCCUCCCACAGCACGGUGGACCCCGACGAGGUGAGGAGGUUCCAGUUACUGGCCAGCAAGUGGUGGGAUGAGCGGGGGGAGUUUGCUGCUCUUCACGCCAUGAAUGACCUGAGGGUGCCUUUUAUACGGGAUAAUCUGCUGAAUGAGCACAGACUGGGGCAUCCUGGGAAACCACUGGCAGGACUCAGGAUUCUGGAUGUGGGCUGUGGAGGGGGCCUGCUCACCGAGCCUCUGGGCCGGCUGGGAGCCGACGUGCUGGGUAUCGACCCGGUGGGGGACAGCAUUGGUACGGCCCAGGUGCACACGGCCUUCGACCCGGACCUCCGUCAGCGGGUCAGCUACCGCGCCUGCACCCUGGAGGACCUAUCAGAGGAUGAGGAGCAUGGGGGGGGGCGCUACGACGCUGUGGUGGCCUCCGAGGUGGUGGAACAUCUGGCCGACCUGGAAACAUUCGCCUCCUGCUGUGGUCACGUGCUGAAGCCAGGCGGCUCCCUCUUCAUCACCACUCUGAAUAAAACCAACCUGUCCUACGCGCUGGCUAUUGUCGCCGCCGAGCAGCUGCUGCGCAUCGUUCCCAGCGGCACGCACGACUGGGAGAAGUUUAUCAGCCCCGUGGAUCUGGAGCGCCUCCUGGAGUCCAAUGGUUUCUCAGUGCAGUCUGUCCAGGGGAUGCUGUACAACCCCGUAUCAGGAGCCUGGAGCUGGACCAACAGCACGGCCAUCAACUACGCCCUCCACGCUGUCAAAGCCAGAGAAGACCCCCACACAGAGCAGGCGCAGGAGAGCACCGCAGACACACACAGCUGAGACACACAACAAUCAGAAAAUAGACUCACGUUUGUGUAAAGUCCUAACUACCCUGUGGCCAGCUGUGAAGCAGCAAAUGAGACAGCGGUUAUUAAAGGAAAGGGACAAACAGCCUUGAGGUUGAAUUAGAGAUGUAGCUGCACUCAAAAUAACAUGGCGACAUCCGCCUUUGCUUUGCUUUAAACAGUGUUUUAUGUGCUGUUCAAGGCCAUUGUGCAUCCUUUGAUUGUGGCUUUCAACAGAGUUUAUACUUUCACAUGCAUUAUUUGAGUAUAUACUGUACAGCAGGGAAAAUGUAUUAAUUCAAAUUAAUAUGUUUCUGUCCGCUAACAAUAAAUAUGAUUUCCUGUUGGU